AGCGCCAUCUUACGACGAAAAGCAACCACAUUGUUAUGCAGCAUUCCAUGAGGAACAUUUUAAACUUCCCCUCAGGCCAUAUAAAACAAAAAAAAAAUUUUGAAGGGCAAAUUCAGUUUUUAAAUAUUAAACUAAUAAACUAUACUAAACAAUACCAGUGUAAAAGCAGAUAAUGCGAAUAGUGUCAAAAUUAUAUAUACUUUGCAUUUAAUAAUAAUAAUAAUAAUAAUAAUAAUUCCUUACAUUUAUAUAGCGCUUUUCUCAGUACUCAAAGCGCUUUACAUAUGAACGAGGGAAUCUCCUCAACCACCACCAAUUUACGCAGCUAUCACAAAAAUAUCAACGUAUACAUUUUUUUGUUGUAUGAGAGAAUUCACGAUCUGAACAUAGUACACACAACGUAAUAAAUUGCCUAAAUGUUUUUUAAUCAUAAACUAUAAACUAUUAAAAUAUUUUAAACGUAUAAUUAAAGUUGGCCACACGAGGUCGCUGUUUUCCCCGGUACUGACAAUAAACUGUGAUGAGAUCCAGCAGGAAGCGCAGCAUCCCGCAUCACACAGAGAAGGAUGCAGGCAACCAUGUCUAAAAACACACAGGCAUAUAUCCAUACGGCUGACGAGCUGGAAAAAGCGAUGUAGCUUUGAAGAUGCCAUCUUUCCUCGUCUCUCGUUUUCUCUUCUUUCUCUUUUUGUCCAAUAUUAAAGGCAUAGCUGGUAAAUCCAUCCCUGACAGCGGAGCUCUCGAGGUGCAGGUGAGAGUUCAGGUGUUUGACGGUGGUGAUCUUUCGCCCCUGUCCAACGCUGUUAUUGCCGUUCACGGUAACCAGAGUGUGUUGGCACAAAGCAAAGCAGGCAGUGAUGGUGUGCAGGUUGUCAGCUUCCUGUACCGCACAGGAACAUGGGUAAUCAUUACCGCAUCUCAAAAGGAUUACCUCACCAGCUCAGUGCCAUGGCACGCCAGCCGUUUACCCUUGUAUGCCUCUGUCAGUCUAUACCUGAUGGGUCAGAAACCUGGCACAUUGAUCCUUUAUGAUGAUGUCAUCCAGGUGUUUCAUGGCUCCCCAAGUGGGCGGAGUCAGCCAUGGUUGCAGGUUCCAAGGCGGAGUCUACAGUUUAACUCCUCCUACACAGAACUUACAGGGGUUUUAACAACAGCCAGAGAGCAGCAUGAUAUUAGCUCAUUCCCUUACCCACUCGCCCUGGAGCCAAACACCACAGGAGGGGAGAACAGCUGGACAGACCUGACACCCGUAGCUGCCGUCAGCGCACAGCUGUUUGACCGCGAGAGUCGAGCGGUCGAGGUCAGCGAACCCGUUCACAUCUCUGUUCCUCUGCCCACCGAUUCCCACAUACGUUCUGCCACCAGUGUUCCUGUUUGGAUGUACGACACCAAGACAGGAUUAUGGGUAAGAAAUGGAACCGGAUUCAUUACCCGAGAGGGAUCGCACCUGUCGCUGGACUUCACCGCAUCGCAGCUCGGCUACUGGAUGGCUGCCUUUCGCUCUUCAGCAGGCUCAAGUUUGUAUCAUCCGGGCCUCAGGGACAUCACAGCAUACCACACUUUCUUCCUGCUGUCCAUCCUUGGAUCUCUGGCUCUGCUUGUGUUAGUUUUGCUCUGUGUUCUCCUUUACUAUUGCAGACGGCGAUGCCUAAAACCACGACGUCAACAGAAACAAGUCCAAGCUCCAUCUGCUUUGAACGGCUCCAAGCGGGACCAAGGCACCUCCAUGUCCCACUUGAACCUCAUCUGCGGUGGCCAUGCUGAAUCAGCCGCCUCUAUUGGCAAUUUGGACGCCAACAAAUCGGAAGCGUCGCCCUCUCACGCCUUCAAAAGCGCUCGGGAUGAGUUCACCAGACACAUUCCUGCCCAUAAACUCCGGCAUUCGAAGACCAAACAGUCCAAGGGUGCUCAGCGAAAUGUGGAGAGCUUUCCCAUGAAGGUCCACCGAUCCACUGAGACGAGCAGCCAGGACACCAACCUCCUACACGACGACUACGGACGUAACUACAGCCCCGAUGACAAAGAUCACGAAUACCGCCGAAGGCACGUCGUCAACGAUAACCGUGGCUAUACGUCUGACCCGCCGUCUCCACCAAUCGCAGACAAGCCGCCAGAAUAUUCGCAGGUUUUGCAGGGGCCGGAUCACCUCGCUCGUCCAACAUCCCUAAACACGCAACCGGGCCAGAUUAUAUUCUGCAGUUCGCUAGAUCAGAUGAAGGAGAAUAUGUAUCGUUCCAUGGUACCUACUCUCGUCAUCCCCGCCCACUACAUGAGGCUGUCGUCCGAGUUCAGCGGCGCCGACCAAGGUAAGGACGGACAGAACCAGAAUGAAAGAGAUGGACUGAAUUCACAAGGUAACAACGGCGGCGCUCAGAACCAAGGUCACCAAAGCCAGACGCCCGGCCACGGGGACGGCCAACAGUGUACCUCUCCAGAUGGCUCAGAUGAAAGCGUUUGGAAUCCCGGUGGUACACCAGGACCUGUUCACAUCCCCGUUCUGUUUAAUGACUCCACCAUCUCGCAGAUGAACGGGGAGCUGCAAGCGCUAACCGAGAAGAAGCUUUUGGAGCUGGGGGUGAAGCAGCACCCUCGCGCCUGGUUCAUAUCUCUCGACGGUCGCGCCAACGCUCACGUGCGCCACUCGUACAUUGACGUAGGAACUGAGCUCGCCCAAAGCGGUAACCACAGCGCCCAGAGCACGCUGAGCGCCCCUGCCAACAGCAGCAAAGACCGCAGCGUGGACAUGGGUCACAAAGACACCCAACAUGACCGCAAACCAGCAUCUGGUCGCAAGAGCAAGGAGGAACACCACGGUGGGGGACGCAAAGGUAACGGAGGAAGGGGCUCCGGUGGGAAACACUACUCCAAACCUCUUUACCACGACUCACUUGAUUUAAGCGGAGGUGCCAGCCGCAUGGGCGCCAGCUCACCGCUGGAAAAUCCCCUGACACCUCUUCUAGACGAUGGUCCAGAGGAGCCCAGAGGGUCGUCGAUACCUCGAAGGGGUCGCAGUCGCGGUAACAGCUCACGUAGCAGCAACAGCGAGACGCAGCGCGACUCUGUCACCAGCCCGGAAGAUGACAACGACCCCGAUGAUAAAGAUGAGAACAAAAAGAGUCCGUGGCAACGCAUCGAAGAGCGCCCGCUAAUGGUGUUUCAUCCCAAGAAGUGACAAAGGAAAUAAUAAAUCCCAUCAGAUGCCUUGACCAGUUAUAGACAAACUAGAGAUGUGUUCAAAUUGAUUUUAAAAGUUUUACUCAAACUUCAUUAUUUCCAAAUGUAACUUAAAACUGUCACUAUGUCAGCAGGUGUUUACUUAUCAAUUUGAAUGCAUCUCAGGGGUCGAAACACAAAUUGGGGGCGUCACACUUUUACAAAGUGUGUUCAUUAAAAAAGGAGGAUUACAUCUAAUCAACAGCCGAACAGCGAGUGUGUUAAAAUAAAGCACAACACAACAUCUAUUGGAUGAGGAUCUUUCUGUUCUCUAGAUCUUUACGUAAAACCUUUAGAGACCUGCUUUUUCCUUAUUUCCUAAUAAUGCAGUAUAAUCCUUCCCACUUUCUCUCUUUUGACUUUGAUAUUUAUUAUUUUUACGUCAAUUCUUUUUUAUACUAAUACUCUAUGUUAUGUGCAUUGUAAAUCUGAAAUGUUCAGUUCAGAUUUCAAACAUUCCAGAUGAUUUAUCGUAGCCCUUAAUUGUUUCAUUUAGAUUAACACGAUUUCAUGUUGAUUUUAGAUGUGAUUUUAUAGAUUAUCAGUUUUCGUAAGACAUUAGAAAAUUAUGACCUUGCCAUGUGAAAACCGAGCUAAAGUCAUUUUUUUAUUUACUGUUUUGUACAUAAAAUUAUCCUACGUGAUGUUAAGAAAAUGCUGUGAAAAUAUAAUCUUGAUAUCUUUAAUAUUAACUGAUUGAAAUCAAUUUUAAGUCAAACUUUGAUGCUCCAAAUCAUUUGUUUAUGAGACUUUAGCCUGGAUUUUACAAAUAGGGUCGUAACUAUGCAUUAUUUUUUAUUAUUAUUGCAUUAUACAUUUUUUAUUAAUUUUAUGUGCACCACAUGCACUAUUUUUGACAGUUUUUGAUUCUACUUUUUGAUGAUGAAACAGGGCUAAAUUUAGCACAUGUUGUGCCAAAGUGCAAAGUUGUAUACAAAAUCUGAUUCCAAAUUAACAUCACAAUUUAUUUAAUUGAACCCUGUAUAGUGACUAUAUCAAACAGUACACAUGAAUGUACAACACUGUAAAACCUAACAGUUAACUUAACUCAAACCAUUUAAGUAAACCGGUUGCAUUAGACCAUUUAAGUUUUAAAACACAUACAUUUACUGUGAACUUGAGUCAUGUGCAAUUAUGCACUUAAUUAGUGUGAACUUAAAUAUAAGUGCAUAACUGCAUAUGACUUAAUUUGUUUAAGUUCACAGUACUCAAAUGUAAGUGUUUUAAAACUAAUGCAACCGGUUUACUUAAAUGGUUUGAGUUGAGUUAACUUUUAGGUUUUACAGUGAAGUCAAAGUCUCCCAGACAGUUUCAGUUUAAUACAACAAUUUUUAUGGCUUACAGGAUUUACAACUACAUUGACUAUGGAGUGUUUUUCUAUUUAGAUGGUGAAAAUCAUUUUGUGUAUAUGUAUGAUAGCAUUUAUGUGCAUGAGAUACAGUAACUAGAAUAGGAUGAGAGAUUUUUUUAAUGCCCACAAACUAAUGUAGACACUAUUCAAGCAUGAUGGAUGCAUCUCAUUUUGAUGCUUAAUGGAGAGAAAUUUGCCAAAAUGAUACCGUUUUACAGGCCGGCAUUUGGCGAGUGUACGUCCUCACAAUUCUUCCAGCGCUGAUUGGAUUCACACAGGCUGUAGCUUGCAUAGACUGUGAAAAGUUUAAUAAGCCAUUCAUAAAUUAAAUGCUAGUAAUUAAUGCAUUGUUUACUAUAAUCAAAACACGUCAAGCACAUUUUAUGAAUUAUUAAAGACAGAUUUACAGGGUACCAAAUGCUGAAUGAGGGCUGAUCCUAUUAAAACACCAUCAAACCCAAGAAAUUACUGAAAUGUCUUCUCAUGCUCACCAGGUGCCAAUCACAUGAGAUGCAAUGACUGUCACAACAUUGCAACAUGCUGGAUGUGUAUCACUUGUUUUGUAAGAAUUUUUGAAAGCAACUAUAUGAGCCAGCCAACAUCUACAAUAACUAACUGGCACUGAGAUUAACAGAUUAUCCAAAUACUACAAAUCUAGACUAAGCUGUAGCUGUAGAGGAUUUCAGUUGUAUGUUAUAUAGGACUGGGUGCAAAACACUUAUAAACCUCAAGAUAAUUAUUGAGCAGUCUUAAAAAUGUAUAAAACAUAAUUUCACUGUUUUUAAAGCAAAGCUUACAGUCAGUAAUGGUGACAAAGACAUGAAAUCAAAGCCAUUCUCUUUCUCUGUUUAAAGUUUGCUCAAACCUGUGGAUAACUUUCAUAGGAAAUCUCUAUAUGCCUUUGUCAAUGUACGUUUAUCACGUGACGUGGUGCUCUAUGAACACAUUUUCCUCUGUACCGUGUAAAUAUUUCUCUCUUUAGCUCAAUAUGAAUAUGAAAGACACUAUUAUAGACGUUGCUUCCAUUGUGCACAACAGCUUUCGUAAUGAACUUUUGCAAUUUUAUAAUUUGUUCACAUAAAAAGUCCCAUGUGAAACGGGUGGAAAACAGAUUGUGUCACUUCUGAAGUGUCAGAAAGUCAUGUGCUGUUAAAUAAAAGGAAAUUGCAUUU